AAGAAGAAUCAAACUUAUUUGCAAAAUACAAAGAUAUUUCCGCACUCGUAAACACCUUUAUUCGCGUUUCGCACGAAUGAUUAAUGUAGAUAUCACUAGGCGAUAUCGUUUUGUAAAUAAACAAGGUAGUAAAGGCCAAAUAGCAGCAUUAAGCAGUAGUCACGUUAUGAGAUCUCUGCGUGUAGUUUAUGUGUAGUAAAAGGAAAAGAAUGAAUUUAAAUUAAAACGUUUUAACUUGAAUAGAGUGCUACAUUAAUUAAUUUCUUAAUUAAUUAAUUAAUUUCUUAAUUAAUUAAUUAAUUUCUUCAGAGUUCUUUAACAAGUUUUGUGAUAUGCUCGUCAAUUAAUCAUUGCAUGACUAAGUCUGUUAAAUAUGAAAUAUGUCUGAGUAAUAUCUGAUGAUCUGAAGAUAACACAUAUCAAAAGGAUACACAUCGCAAAAAGUUUCUUAUUUGUGAUAACGUACGCACGGACAGAGUUUUCAUUUUAAAGCUACGAUUAGUUGAGCUAAUCAAGCCUAUCUGGCACUUGAUAUUUUCUCUUCUAAAGUAAGUGAUGACAGUUCCUUUGACAGUUCUAUAUUAAUACAAAUUAUAAUUAACAAAUAUACUUGAUUAUCAAAAGAGGAAUCACAUAUUUUAAUAUAAUAUAAAGGUCUCUACAUAAAAGUCUAAUAUUGAAUUUUGGAAGAAAAUGGGUUUAAAAUGGUUUCGAGCACGAUUGUCGAUGAAGAAAGAAGCAUCUAAAAUCCCAGCAAUGUCGGGUUUAUAUCGGAGAAUAUCAUAUUUCGAAUCGGCAACACGGAAAAAUAUAGAGAUUUCAACUAUGUCUCCUUCAAUCGCGAGUGAUUCAGCGACAACUGAUAAUAAUGAAACAGCGCAAUAUGACCGUUCAAAAGCAGAUUUUACAAAUCAAUCGUCAUCAUCAAUUAUUGAUCUUGAAAAAACCAUGGUGAAAGACAAUGAUAAGAAAUCACAGAUAAAUAAUCAUGCAAUCGAAAAUAUAGAAUCUUCUACUUCUACUGAAGACUUAAACAUAAAAGAGCAAUCGACAUAUAGCGAAAAAUCGAACAAGAUAACUAAAGAUCAGAACAAUAUAUCAGAUAUAAAAAGUCCUAUCUGUGCAGAUAAUGAGCUAGUAAUUUAAUAAAAAAA